GAGGAGAUGGCAAAGCAACAGGAGGUUGACUCCAGAUCCGUGUAUGUACGUAAUGUUGAAUUCCAUGCUUCACCGGAUGAAUUGGAGGAAUUUUUCAAGCCAAUUGGCGUUGUCAAUAGGGUCACAAUACUCUUCGACAGAGUUACUGGGAAUCCAAAGGGGUAUGCAUACGUCGAAUUCCAGGACCAGAGCAGUGUUUUGAAAGCCGUGGAUGAGUUAAGUGGACAAGACUUCAAAGGAAGACCAUUGAGCGUUAUGCAAAAGAGA